UAUUUUACUUUAAAUGCAAGGGAAUUACAAACAAAUAUUAGGUCGCUUAGAGCCUCAUGCUCAUGCAAUUAAAACUGCUAUAGCAACCAUUUGAAUUUGAUAAUUACUCACUCUGAGCAAUAUAGUAUAAUAUUUUCAAUCAAAUUAACUGCGAAAAUGAAUUUCAAUAAACUGUUCACUAUGCUUAUAUUUUAACUAACAACAAUUAUGGAACAUCAUGUUAAGCCUAAGUUCAAUAUGAAAAACAAAAUUCGUGGUGAUAGAAAGAAGGUUUCAUUCAAAGAUAAAAAGUUGUGUAAAGCAAUAAUUUUGAAGUCAUCCAGCUAUUGCACUAUAGUUCGACGGAAGCAAACAAAAGAUCCAAUUGGAAGCAUUUUAAAGUUCUCUCCAUUGAACAGUCCAAAAAAUCAAUUACCAAUGACUACACCAGCAACAAGAAAAUCAACAUUUUUAGGUUGUAUUGGUAUCGGUGUUGAAUUUCGAUGCAAUAAUGGUCAAUGCAUUUCAAGGUUUUCGAUAUGCAAUGGAAGAUUUGAUUGCAUAGAUAGUUCAGACGAAGAUCCAUCUCUAUGUCGAGGAAAUCAAUUACCAAUGAUAACAUUACCAACAAGAAAAACAAGAUUGAUUGGUCAAAGAAGACAGUUACCAAUGACAGCACCAACAACAAGAACAACAGCAGUUUUUGGUAACUAACUCCAUGAUUUGAUAAUGUGAUUGGUAAAUAACUGAUGAGGAUUGAUCACAGCUGCGCAUAAAUCAUUAUAUUAUUUUAACGUAUAGCUCUGGUUAUUUAUGCUUUGAGAGUUAACUUGAGUGGGUAUUUACGUGUUAGGGGCAAAUAUAAGUUUUUUAAAACUUUAAGCCAUUGUCUUUUUUGCCCUUAUUCUUACUUAUGACUUUUAAAGAAUUUUCAACUGUUUUGUACUAUUGCUAAUAAACCUGCCCUUUAAAGUACAACUUUGUAACAUUUGUACAACUUUUUAUUAUUGGAUAUAUAAAUAUAUAAUUAGAGAGGAAGGGGUUCUACCUGGAAAUUCAAAUUAAUUUUUUAUAUUUUAUAUUUCCCGUUACCCAGGAAAAUUACCAUAAUAUAGCGGGAAGAAACUAUAAACAAAGAAUCACUUGUGUAUAUAUUUUAUAAUAUUAUGUUAUUUAUUUAAAACAAAAGUAUAUAACUGUCCUCAAAGCUAUUUAAUGUAAAGAAUCUGAGUUUAAAAGUCACCUAUAUUAUUAAAAAACAAAAAAAUUAAAUUAGAAUAUUUUUUGUUUAAACUUGAUUUAAAGCAAACAUAAAGGUCAUUAAUUCUAAUACAAAACGCUUAAUACUCGUUAGUGGCUUGUUAAACGUGAUUCAUAACAAACACUUAUCUUUCAAAUUAAAAAUGCAAGUUACUCUUUAAAAUUUGUUAUUCAAUUUUUUAUUCAGGUAGUUGAAUUACAUUCAGUUCUCGACGUAUUGGGCUACAAAAUACUCUUAUUGGGUUUAUUGUAUUGGGCUUCAAAAUAUCCACGUUAAAUGGGCUUCAAAAUACUCUUUUUAAUAUAUCCCUAACCCGAAAACUAGUUAGUGUCACUCUUUUAAGAUUGAUAUGGGUAAAAACAGUUUAAUUUUAAUUUGAAGUUAUAUGUUUAAGAUGUUUAGUAACUGUUGACAAAAAUUUCGACAAUAAAUUUUAGUUUUUGAUUUUCAUUAUUGAGAUCUCAAAAAUGUGUCAUAAGUUGAUUUUUUUAAAUUAGUUCAAUUAUGACUUUAGUUAAAAAACUAAAAAAUUCCACUUGAUUCCACGGUAGUUUUAAUAUUUUCCCAUUAAUGGGUUUAUAUGAAAGGAGAAAAAAUACAAAUCAUAUUCUCAAAUUUACCUUUUAUAAAAAUUUUCGUAUAUUUUUCUUCCGUUUUUAUUUAAAACUUGCCUAUAGUAAAGUAGCGAACAAUAGUUCAUUACUUAGUAAGAAUUUUAGCCAAUCACGGCAUCACAAAAUCAAUUUUUUUAGCCAAUCACGGCAUCACAAAAAAUAAACAAACUGAGCGUUUAUUAGUAUAAAG